AUGGAAAUCAAGAAGGAUCCGCUGUACGAAAGGCCUUAUCCCUUUCACAAUAAGAGCGUGAGAGAAGGAAAUAGAAACAAGUUCUGCGCGUUCCAUGAUGCUCGCAGUCAUGUCACCGAGGAGUGCAAACAUCUGAGAAUCUUGAUCGAGAAAUUCAUCAAAAACGGAAAAUUACUCUGUUUCAUAGCAGACAACCAAGGCCAGCCUCUGCAGAAUCAAAGGCUUCAGGAGCAUCAAAACCGAGAGCCGAGACACAGAGAGUGUUCUCCUUUGAACCAUAAUGAAGAUCGCCAAGACAAAAGAAGGGAGGAGCCUCGGCGAGACAGAAGCAGAAGCAGAGGUGCGCAGGGUCAUGGACCGUGGAAUGAGCCGGUCAUCGUCGACAUCCGAACUAUAUUCGGUGGUUUCGGCGGAGGAAAAGAGACGUCUGCAGAUAGGAAGGCCUACGCUCGGCGCCAGAAACAUCAAGAGAUAAUGACUAUAGAGAGACCCCACAAAUCCCAUAGAAAGGAAUCUAUGGUGGUGGGGUUUUCAGAUGAAGAUUAUGCGGGAAUUUCACUUCCUCAUACCGACGCAAUCGUGGUCACGCUACAGGUAGCUAACCACCGAAUCCAUCAAAUGUUCAUCGAUAACGAGAGCUCGGCUAAUAUCCUAUAUUGGUCGGCCUUUAGAAACAUGGAGCUUAGCCCAGAAAAGGUGAUCCCGGCAACCUGGCCUUUGGUGGGGUUUGCCGGAGAACAGGUCCUGCCGGUUGGAUCUAUUGAACUUCCAGUGACCGCUGGGGAUUAUCCGACCACAAAAACUAUAAUGGUUAAGUUUUUGUUGAUCGACAGACCCUCGGCCUACAACGCAAUCAUCGGGAGGACAGCCCUUAACGAUCUGAGGGCAAUCACUUCCACUUCACAUCUAAAGUUCAAAUUCCCUAUCGAGAGGGGUGUUGGGGAAGUGAGAGGAGAGCAAGGUGUGGCACGUCAGUGUUACAAUAUAACGUUGAAAGGAGCUCCUUCAUGGGGAAACUGCAGGGAGAAAGGCGAGCAAUAG